AGGUGUUCCGUCCAAUCAGUGUGUAACAUACUCUGGCCGCGCCUGCGCGAGGUCACUCCUGCGAAACCCCACGCCUCUAAAAGCCUGCCGUGCCGCCGGAAGUGGAAAGUGAAGGAUGGUGGAACUUCCGGUUGCCGGUGUUGAGUGGUGUCCCGUGUGAAGAGAAGCCCCGGUCGGGGGGGCGGGAGGCAGAAUGAAUUAUAUGCCGGGGACAGCCAGCCUCAUAGAGGACAUAGACAAAAAACAUUUGGUCCUUCUCAGAGAUGGAAGAACUCUCAUUGGAUACUUGAGAAGCAUCGACCAAUUUGCUAAUCUUGUGCUGCAUCAGACCGUAGAGCGGAUACACGUUGGGAAGAAAUAUGGUGAUAUCCCCAGAGGAAUAUUUGUUGUGAGAGGCGAGAAUGUGGUUCUCCUCGGGGAAAUUGACCUAGAGAAAGAGAGCGACACUCCAUUGCUUCAAGUUUCCAUUGAGGAGAUCUUGGAGGAGCAGCGAGUAGAGCAGCAAAGCAAGCAGGAGGCGGAGAAGUUGAAGGUGCAGGCCUUGAAGGAACGGGGUCUGUCUAUUCCCAGAGUGGACACCUUGGAUGAAUACUAAGCUGCUUUAUCGGACAGUUUGACACUGAAUGUUUUCUUGCAAUGUCGUCAAGUAUUGUUUUUGUUUUUUGCUGCUUUGGACUAUUGCAGCAGUGCUAUACAGCAAUCGUCUAAGUUUGUGAAAUGAGUUAAGUUGCACACAGUGGUGAUGCCAAACCAAAAUCACGUGUAUUAAAGAAUUUCCAUUAUGGGGAGGACACCCCCGUCAAUUUUAUUUUACUUCUGUUUAAUAUGUAAUAGAAUUAUACUAAAAUGAUUGCUUUUUAGUUGUGCUUAUUUUAUGCAAGUAAAUCCAAAAGUAUUUGCUGUCUAUUGAA